GGCCUUAUCGGGAAUCUCCCGGGGAAUUUUAUUUCCCACGGAAAGUUUCAUUCCCAAGAAACAUUUCGAGUUAUCGUGAAUUUCCCUCGGAAUAAAUUUUUCCCAGGGAAUUAACUACCAACAUCGAAAAAACAAUUUUUUUUCGGAACUCAAUUUCGAAUUGUGUGCAGUGUUAUCAUAGGAUCUUAAUUAAAAAAAAUUUAAUUGUUAGUUGAAAUUCCCUAAAAUUCCCUGUACAAUAAAACAAUAUCCCAAACAAAUUUCCCCUAUUAUGAAUUUGUAAAAUCUUUUAAAACAUCAACUUUGUUUCUUUAUUCAUUAAGAAUAUUUGGAAUCAUCAUUUUACGUUUCUUUAUUCAGCAGAAUAUUCCGGAUAAAUCAUUUUGCGGUUUUUAUUUAUUCGUUCCGGAAUAUUUAAAAUGCAUUCUUUUUUUUUCAUGAGAAGGAAGAAUUAUAUGGUACUUUUGUUUCCUCAAAAUUGGCAUAAAAUAGCAUAAAAUUGUCCUCUUUGACUCUUGAAGAAUUUGAAGAAUAAAAAGUCCCUCCAUCUAAAAACACUGUUUUGACAGUUACAUUUCUUGUUGUUUGAAAUAAUUUUUGUUUUGGUUACAUCGAAUUUUAAACCUUUAAAAUGCAUAGCAUAGGAUUUGUAUUACUGGCGGUGGAGGAGGAAGAAACAAAAAAAAGUGAAAUCAGGUCUAUAAGACGCGAAUUAAGGGAUAAUUCCAACCCCUUGGAGCUACCACAAGAACUAUUUAUCAAGAAUUAUCGAAUAAAUAAAAAUGUAUUCAAAUAUUUGCUAGAUACCCUCUCCGAUUCUUUCCCCAUAGCAAAAAAAUCAUUCGCUGUGCCGAAAAUCGUCAGGCUAAGUGCGUGUCUUCGUUUUUUUGCUGAAGGUGGGUACCAAAGAGGAGUCGGUAAGGACCACGAUGUAGGUAUUGCCCAAUCAACAUUCUCAGAAGUAUUGUCAAACUUCCUUAACAUUUUCGAGGAAAAUCUUUGUCCAGAAUGGAUCAAAAGUCAAACCGCAGAAGAGCAAAGAAGUACGAAUUUGCAUUUUUUCGAAAAAUAUAAACUUCCAGGAGUGAUUGGGUGUAUAGAUGGAACGCACGUAAGAAUUGUUGGACCGCAUGCAUCUCAGCACUUGUUUUUCAACAGAAAAGGAUUCUAUAGCCUGAAUGUUUUACUUAUUUGUGAUGAAGAAAUGAAGAUUCGUUUCGUCGAUGCAACACAUCCAGGAGCAUGCCACGAUUCAUUGGUGUGGAAAGUGUCGGAGUUUCGUUCCCAUUUGCUACAACGAUAUCUGAGUGGCGAACGAAAUUUUUGGCUAUUAGGUGACGCAGGAUACCCAUUAGCGCCAUGGCUACUUACUCCGCAUAGAACAUGCCAGGAAGGAUCACCGGAGAGUAAAUUCAACAAAGCACAUAAAGCCGCUCGCAAAAUAAUUGAGCAAGUGAACGGGGUUCUGAAAGGUAGGUGGAGAUGCAUUCUAGGCGCCAGAGAACUCCACUAUGAACCCCAAAAAGCAAUCCAAAUCGUUAACACAUGCUGUGCUUUACACAACAUGUGCAUAUUUUUUAAAAUCAGUCUUCCAAUGGAGUACCAGGUUGACUCAACGAUUCUGGAAGAUACCGCGGAUCCUUCGAAUGUGCUAUCUGAAAGUGACCUCCAAUCAGCAAGCGAUGCCGAAUAUUUAGCCGUUGGACAGGAAUUAAGAAGAAGUAUUGGAAACAGCAUUUGAAACUUAUUUUUUUUUAUUUGAUAUAUCACAU